GAAGUUGUCAAUAACAAAGGGAUGUAUCAAGUCAACUCAUAACCUGACUGACUCGUACAAAUCAACUCGUACUCAAUGCACCAACUCCUAACCAAAAUUUAAAGAUAUGUUGCUGAACACAUCAAGGAUUUUAGUGAGAAGGGUAUUGGUAUCUCCAUCAUCACAUUUGAUGCAGAAUUGUGUAGGUAAUCGAGUGAAGCCAGUUUGUAACUUCAGUGUACUUAACUCUACAAGGCACUAUAGUGACAAAUCUGAUGAAAUGAUCAAGAAAAACAGAGUACUUUCCCCUAAGGAUAAAAAAUUGCAGCUUCAUUUCCAUAUUGUCAAUGACCCUAAUCUAACACCCAGGGAAAAGCAUUUAAUGAUAUCAGCUCUGAUUGCGAAUGUUAAGUUCUGUGAUGAAGAAUUUGGAAAACUGAUCUACGCUGACCCAUAUGGAAAAGAAGUUUUACAAUUCAUGAAAACAAGAAAACAAAUUCCUAUGUUUGGCAUUCCUGCAUCGUGUGUGAUGGCAUACUUUCUUCCAUAUGGUAUUUAUGCCCAGGCAACUUUAGCUGGGGUUUUGUCAGCCCUCUGUGUUUCAGAAUUUUAUCGAGUAUUGUCAGGCAUGAAGAAGAGAAUCUUCUUCAUUUACUACGAACCACAGCAGAAAAUCUACACGGCAAUGACAUUGGCAGGCCUUCAGGAUUUCAUGCCCACUCAUUUCAGUGAAGAGGAAUUUCAGCCUAAUAAAGAAGAAGGGGCACACAAAGUUCUACUGCAUGGCAAGACAUUCUCAGCAUAUGAAGGGAAGGAUGCUUACCUAAAUGACAAUUUUUAUGAAAUAUUAUGGAAAGAAGAAAUUGUUGGAAAAAAUGUUAAAAAUGAAGAUAACAGUGAUACACAACAGAAAAUGUCAGCUGUUAAUUGAGGAAUAAAAUUUUAGAAUUUUUAGAAA